AUGAUACGGGCAGGUACAAAUGGCAGUACACCUUCUUGUAUCAACUUUGAUAACGACGAUGAAUAUAUUGAAUUGGAUUGGUCUUUGCCACGAGGUUACACUAGUUGGAACCAGGAGGGACGCACCAUGAUCUCUCAUAUCUACGUUUCAUUCAACAACUCGUUCAUAACUUCUAUUCAGUUUCGUUACUUGGAGAAUGGAGCUCUAGUCCUGUCUGAAAAGUUUGGUCCCUCUGAGGGACACAGCCUUCGUACUGUGAGACUAAAUGAAGAUGAAUUUGUGACUGGAUUGAGUGGAGCACAAGGAAGAUGUGGAGGAAUCAGGAAUCUGACAUUUCACACUAACCGUAGGAAGGACGGACCGAUUGGGCACGAUGGUAUGGAUGCGAGUUUAACCAAGAUAGAAAUUGAUCCGGCAAUAAGUGAUCGACGUGAGUUUGGUGGUUUCUUCGGGUCUUACCGUACAGAAUGUUUGUCCGGGAUUGGUAUCUACGUGAAUCCCAUUACAAGUUCCGACAGGGUGGAAAAGCGUGAAAACAUGUGA